AAAAUGUAUUUACGUUUUUUUUUUACUUUAACUUAUUCAACUUUGACAGCUCUUUGAGUUUGGUGGGGCAGCAUUUCUGGUCAAAAGACCAGUCCAACGCCUUCCUCUUCGAGGAGGACGUGCGGCAGCUGGCCGUCGGCUGGACCCACAAUGCGGCGCUGCUCCGCAACAACGAGAUCCUCAUGUGGGGCCGCAACUGCUACGGACAGCUGGGCACGGGCUCGAUCAGCGAGCAGCAGGCGGUGCCCCAGCCACUGAGCCUCCGACUGCCCGACGGCCAGACGCCUGCUCGCGUGCACAUGGGGGCAGAGCACGGCCUGCUGCGGACUACAGCCGGCGAGAUCUACACCUGGGGCUGGAACGAGCACGGAAACUGUGGCAACAACAGUACAGAGAAUGUAUGCAGCCCUACACUCGUGGAAAUCCCGGGACGCGUGAAGUUGGCCGGAGCUGGCUCGGGCUUCUGUUACGCCAUUUCCGAGUCGUCUGUUAAUUAAUUUUAUAAUAAAUGUUAAAAAUGCUUAAAAAUACUAAACGGAAUAUCGAAAUUAAGGUAUUUGAUGUCGGAUCAUGAGCAAAAUUGUACGAAUAAUCAAACCCAAGCAGUUGGCGCUCUUUCUUCCAUCGAUAGUUGAAGAAACAUCGAUGUAUCGAUAGUAACAAUGAAGUUUUUCAACCUUCAGCAGCUUUACUUGAACUCCGCGGAAUUUUCGUUGCAAAUACUAUUUGCCAUUUUUACAGUGAAAAUAAAGUGCUUUGUUUUUCAAAAACUUAAUCUUUUCCACAGAAAAAAGAAGAUGUCGGAGAAUAGCUUCAACUCAAAGUAUUUGGACGAUGACGAUGAGGACGAUGCGAUUGCUGCCUCUGAGGGUGUGUACCAAUGAAUCCUCUAAACUAAAUAUAAUCCACGCG